CGGGUCUGCCGGCAGCCGCCACAUCCAGCGCGGGCCCCGGCUCGCCUCAUGGCGGGCCCCGGCUGGGUGCUGAGGGGAGCGCCCUGGGGACCCCGGGGUCUGUGGGGGCUGAAAGGAGGGCAGAGGUUUGCUGCCUUAUCCCCAGUUGCUGCCAGGCCCGCUGAGAGUUGAGUAUAUAAGCCGUCUCCCAGAGUGGUGCCAGUGCUUACGGGGUCUUGGUGGUUUUUAACGGUGUUUUUCCGUGAGUGAUGGGAAGCGUUACCUUGGCUGACCCCAGUGUUUUAGUGUGCCUUCACACUGCAUGCAUGUCACUAUAAUAUAUCCAAAGUAGUGAAGAGAACCUGGGAUUUGCGAUGGAUAUAAUUUUGAAGUUUCAACGAAGACUUUAGAGGAAAAAAAGAACAGUUCUUGAAGAAUAGUUGAUGUGCAUUUGCUUCCCAGAUGAACACCUGAUUAUUAUUAUUUUUUUUUUGGCCUAGUGCUUGCUUUGAAAUCAUCAAAACAUUCAGAAUAAGAAUGCCAGCAUAGAAAUUUCAUGAGAAGAGCAGAACAGGUAUUGCAGUUAGUAGUUUGAAUUUAUAAUGCAUAUUUUAUAUUUUUAUAUUUAUAUUUUGAUAAAUUCUUGGGAGAAGGUAUUAAAAGUAGCUUUGUAAUUUAUCAGCUAGUCACAAGAUGUCACCCUCACUCUAUUCAAAUGUAAUUGGUUGUGUGUGUCAAUUCCAUACUUAAGCUAUGGGCAAUGUUCGUGAAUGGAAAUGAUGACUGGCACUUUGUUACUUCCCCCACCCCGUUAUGUCAUGGUAGUUGACCAGACAUUUUAUUUCCUGAGUUGCAAAAGCACUGAUGCGUGAAAGUAAAGAGAAAGCUGUUGCUCCUCUUGCCAUCACAAGCGUAUUUUUUCCAAAUACGAGGACAUGCUGUGGUUCAAUCCAGGGUCCCAGCUGGAUCCUCAAGACUGUAUGUCACUUCCAAGUGCAUGAAUGCAGUCUCUCACCUAUGUUUCACCACUCUUCAUGGUUGCCUGAAAGGGCAAUUUUCUAUUCUACCUUUCUUCCUGUUUGCAAGCUACAUACUACUUCUACAAUCACUUUGGUAAAAUACUGAAUUUAAAUGCUCAGUCCGACUUUCCUGUCUUUGCGUAGUCUGAUAUUUGCACUUUCUCUUACUUUACAGCAAAUUUUGAUUUCUCUUCUCUUCCUUCCUUCCUUCCUUCCAUUUCCUUUCUCCUAUAGAAAAGUUUCAAAUCCCUUCAGUCCCUGUGCUACUAUCUCACUGCUAUUCUUUGUAUUCCAGUCCUUACUCAGCAACGAGGGUGAGUGGAACAACUUUUAAAACCAGAGAUUGGGUCUGGCAGAUGGAGCUUGUUCCUAUUUGGCAAAGCCUCCAGUAAAUGAACCGAGGGAACCGGAACAAUUUCUAAUGCAGGCGCCCCAGGGAAAUCCACUGCUGCUUUCCCACACCCUACAAGAGCUAUUGAGCAAGGAUAGUGUGCAGGUGGAGCUUAUACCUGAGAAGAAGGGGCUUUUUCUGAAACAUGUGGAAUAUGAGGUUUCCAGCAAGAGAUUCAAAUGCUCAGUCUAUCGGAGAUAUAAUGACUUUGUGGUGUUCCAUGAGAUGCUGCUGCAGAAGUUCCCGUAUCGUAUGGUGCCAGCACUACCACCCAAGAGGAUGCUGGGAGCUGACCGAGAAUUCAUAGAAUCAAGAAGGAGAGCUCUGAAGCGCUUUAUAAACCUGGUGGCUCGACAUCCUCCUUUCUCAGAAGAUGUGCUCUUGAAGCUCUUUCUAUCUUUCAGUGGCUCAGAUGUGCAGAAUAAACUAAGAGAGUUAGUCCAGGGAGUGGGAGAUGAAUUUAUGACCUGCAGAUUAGCUACCCAGGCCAAGGACUUCCUUCCAGCUGACAUACAAGCCCAGUUUGCUGCCAGCAGGGAACUCAUCAGAAAUAUUUACAAUAGCUUUUACAAGCUUCGGGACCGUGCAGAGAGGAUAGCUUCUCGAGCCAUUGAUAAUGCCUCAGAUCUCCUCAUAUUUGGAAAGGAGCUAAGUGCUUUAGGCUCAGACACUACACCGCUUCCUUCCUGGGCUGCUUUGAAUAAUAGCACAUGGGGGACUCUGAAACAAGCCUUGAAGGGUCUAUCUGUUGAAUUUGCACUUUUGGCAGAUAAGGCUGUGCAGCAGGGUAAACAGGAAGAGAAUGAUGUGGUGGAGAAGCUGAACCUUUUCCUGGAUUUACUCCAGUCCUAUAAAGACCUAUGUGAAAGACAUGAGAAGGGGGUGUUGCACAAGCACCAGCGAGCAUUGCAUAAGUACAGCAUGAUGAAGAAGCAGAUGAUGAGUGCCACAGUGCAGAACAAAGAACCAGAAUCAGUGGAGCAAUUGGAGUCUCGGAUUGUGGAGCAAGAAAAUGCUAUCCUAACUAUGGAGCUGCGGAAUUACUUUUCUUUGUAUUGCCUGCAUCAGGAAACACAGCUCAUCCACAUCUAUCUGCCUCUCACCUCUCACAUCUUGGGGGCCUUUGUCAACUCCCAGAUUCAGGGCCACAAAGAGAUGAGUAAAGUUUGGAAUGAGUUGAAGCCGAAGUUGAGUUGUCUCUUCGUGGGAUCUAGCAAUAUGCCAACUCCACCAUUGUCACCUCCAGAGGGAAACUUCUUCUCCAAUUAAUAUUCUGAGCAUCUAGCAUGGAGCAAGAAGUGCAAUCAAGGGAGGGGUGGGACCUCUACCUCCAGAUGUUAGAAUGGAUCCUCCAAACAGCUUUUUUUUUUUUUUUUUUUAAAUACUGCUGCUUUGAGCUGCUCUCUGAUUUAGACAGACUGGACGUGGGGCAGAACAUACAGUUGUAAAGACGGUCUCUUAAUUUUGAAAUGCUCUGGGGCAGAGCUGAUUUUUGUUAUCCAAAAGACACUCGUCACAGGGUCAGGAUGUGACAUGGUGCAGUGAGGGCUGCAGCGUUACUGCUGAUGCCUCUGCAUCUUGCACUAACAGCCCUCCAAUGAUGUUUAUCUGCACAAAUGUGGACAAACUUCUAAAGUACUGAGAUGAACAGGAUAUCUGAAGCACUUGCUUACAGAAGGGAGGUGGAUUGCCUUUUAAGCUUGGGAAGGUCAGUGCUGCUGUGACACAGCAAUUUUCCCAAUGAGGCAUAGCAAGCUGUAUGUCAGUGUUGAUUCAGCUCACAGUUGCAGGGCAGCCUAGGGACUUGCUCACAUUUUUCAGUUUGGGGCCAAAGAUGACUGGGUUCAGGAACUCAGAGGAGUUUGCCUGACAUAAACGAGAAAAGAAUUGAAUGAAACACUCCUUAAUUGUAAACCACUCCUAUUACACAAGCAGAACAGCUACAGGGUAGCUUGUUUGUUUUCUUCUGGAGUUUCUGACAUCUAUCUGCUGAGUAGCUAGCUGUUUAGGGCUAUUGGAGAACUGCUGACCCGAUGGCUGGUGUUUCCUCUGGUCUAGUAUCAGAUGAAGUAUCCUGUUACACCAGUAGGCUGGGAUGCAACGCUGAUGAAAUUGAUUAGCAAAAAUCAGUAUUUAUCAGGAUAUUACUGUCUUUUCUGGCUCUGGAUAACAUUGGUGUGUGAAGAAAAGAGAAGUGAAGUGACAAGUGACAGUUCAUCUCUAAAAAGAGCAUGGCCCUCAGUAAUGUUUUUUUUUUUUUUUUUUUUUUUUUUCUGACUGUGAUAAAGGGACUAAACAUUUUCCAUGUCUCACUUUGUAUCUCCAGUGACUUUCCCUCAUGAGGGAAAUGGCAGGGGAGAGAAGAACUUGCAUGUCAUGUUACCGUAGAGGAAAUUGUGCAUAUCCUCUAGAAAAACUGAUAAGUGAAGAAA